GCCAGGGGGCGUGCGCGGCUCCACGGCUGCCCGGCCCAUUGGCCCCGGCGGGAAGCGUGGGAGGAGGCCUGGGAUCAGCGGGCUUCCUCCUCGGCGCGGGCAGGCGCUAGGCAAAGCCGGAGGAAGCCGAGGCGCGACCGGCGCGAUCGGCGCGCUCGGGAGGCGGCGGCGGCGGUGGCGGUGGCGGCACCUCCCGUCGGCCUCCGUCAGAACUGAAGGCGGCGCGACCGCAGACGGGACCUUCUUUCUGAGAAGUGCUAGAGAGUAAGAAGGCAAAAAUGCGGGUAGCAGGAGCCGCAAAGUUGGUGGUGGCCGUGGCAGUAUUCUUACUGACCUUCUAUGUUAUUUCUCAAGUAUUUGAAAUUAAAAUGGAUGCAAGUUUAGGAAAUUUAUUUGCUCGAUCCGCGCUGGACUCAGCCAUCCGUUCUACGAAGCCUCCCAGGUACAAAUGUGGGAUCUCAAAAGCGUGCCCGGAGAAGCAUUUUGCUUUUAAAAUGGCUAGUGGAGCAGCCAAUGUAGUGGGACCCAAGAUCUGCCUAGAGGACAGUGUUCUGAUGAGUGGUGUGAAGAAUAAUGUGGGAAGAGGAAUAAAUGUUGCCUUGGUAAAUGGGAAAACAGGGGAAGUGAUAGACACCAAGUAUUUUGACAUGUGGGGAGGAGAUGUGGCCCCAUUCAUUGAGUUUUUGAAGACCAUACAAGAUGGGACAGUCGUGUUAAUGGCAACGUACGAUGAUGGGGCAACCAAACUCACGGAUGAAGCACGGCGGCUCAUUGCUGAGCUGGGGAGCACUUCCAUCACCAGCCUUGGUUUCCGAGAUAACUGGGUCUUCUGUGGUGGGAAGGGCAUUAAGACAAAGAGCCCCUUCGAACAGCACAUAAAGAACAAUAAGGACACGAACAAGUACGAAGGAUGGCCCGAGGUGGUCGAGAUGGAAGGAUGCAUCCCCCAGAAGCAAGACUGACGGGAGCCUGAGGCGAGGAGGACCGCACUUUGACUCUGCAGAAGAGCUGUCACGCAGCCGCUCUGUGUACAUAUUCAGUAGCAUGUGACCGUCCAGGGUGUGCAUGAGCAAGACCGUCUCUGUUGAUUCCAGGAUUAUUUAUUGCUAACAGAAAUGGCUACCUUUGUAAAUAGUCCUCAUUGAGCCAGUCACCAAACUAUUUGUAAGCACAUUUCCCCGAAAGUACAAUGUGUAGGCUACAAUGGCAAUAAUGUACUUUAAUUCUUAAAGCAUAUUCAAUGGGUAACCAGGCAGGUUGUAUAGGACAUUGAUAUUUAUCCUGGUUGCUGUGAAAUCCUAUCGUGGAAUAACAUGGCUUCUAGGGAGGAGAUUUUGUCCGUUUAUGUGUCUCUGUAUAAAUAUCUGGCAUGUGAUGACAGUUUCCUUUAAAUUAAAGAGACCUCUGGCUAGUUGUAUGUGUACUGUUACCUUACAGUCUUACUCCUGUUGUAUCUUUUCAGUCUUUAUUUUUUUCCUUCCAAAGAAAUUCAGAAAUAAAAUGUUUCACACAAAAAUUUACAUUAGAUUUGUGAAAAGCACAACAGUCUUUUUUUUUGUUUUUUGUUUUUUUUUGUGUGUGUGUGUGUGUUUUUUUUUUUUUUUUAAUAACAGCAAAGAUGAACAUUAAUGUCAUUCAGGGCUCAUUUUCUCGAUUUCGUGUUAGCAGUGUGGAUUCUGUAAUUUUGUAUAAGCUGUGUAGAGCAAACCUAGGUGUGAGAUUCCCCAGAACUAGGGGACCCGGCCCAGUCCCUUCCUCAAGCUAAUCAGGUCAUUCAAGAUAACUGGGUCAGUACAUUUAGAGUAAUACAAGCAUUUAUCUGCUUUCUUACCUUCAUUGACCACAUGGUUUUAGAACACUUCACUAUCAUAGCUUUGAUUUGUAAACCAAGAAAUGAAAUUCCGUUAUUUAUUUUUUACUUCACAAUAGCAACUGUUGCCUAAACAUGGAGCAGAAUAUUUGAAAAAAUUCCAAUAAACUUUUUUUGAGGGCAUUAGAUACCUAUUGUAUGUGACAUACAUCAAAUCCUCAUGUAUGGAAUCACUUCAAAUGUGACAUAAACAAAUGAAAUGUUCAUGCUGCCCUUUGUGGGAUGAGGCAACAAAUAAAAUCUGAACCUAAAAUUUAGGUGGUUUGUAUAAAAAUCUAAAAGCAGUAUUUGCUGUUUUGUUAAAAGUUGGAAGCAGUUCAGAUACUUCUUGAAUAUUACUGACCUUGUGGUACUGUGUCUUUCCACAGACUGAAUGUAGUUCAUAAGGAGACACAUCCUCUGUGUUUAGAGAAGUUUUGUAAACUUUUUAAGAGUUCUGGUGCUUCUGUACUAACUCACAUCCAACAUGUAUGUUUUAGCCUUUCUUUGCAGUUCUAGGGAUUGGAAAAUAAAUAUUGCAGGGUUGUUGAGUUUCAUUUUUUAAUACUGAAUAUAAGUACUCUUGGAGUGACAUUGUAAAUUUUUUCCUUCCUUCCUUCCUUCCUUCCUUCCUUCCUUCCUUCCUUCCUUUCUUUCUUUCUUUCUUUCUUUCUUUCUUUCUUUCUUUCUUUCUUUCUUUCUUUCUGUAUUUGGCAAAGCACUACACUGAUAGAACAUCUCACGAAAUCCUUCCAGUUGUGUUUUGUUCAUCUUAACAUGUAAAAAGUUUUUGCCAUUCAAUACAGUAACAUCAUGGCGUCUGGAUAUAUUUGAACAUGUAUAGAAGUUAAGUUGCUUGGUAACAGGCUAUUCCUCUGAGAGAUGGGUUUUCCGUUUGUAUAAACUUGGGAGGGAUAAGGCUGGUUCUGUAACUGCUGUGGUGCAGUGGGUUUUGCCUGGAUUCUGUCUUGUGUUGGUUGCACCUGCUUAACUUUGGAAGCAAUAAUCGACUGUUUUACGUCCACAUCAGCCUUAGAAGUGGAACAGUGCUCAUUUAAUGUGGAAAACGGAUUUUCUUUAUUAAAAUCAAAACUCUUUAACACUGA